CAGAUCAAUGGAUACCUCAAUCCGAAUUAACGGUUAUUUCUUUUCUAUUAACUUUCAUGACUCUGUUUGGUUUCAUGUCGAAGAUUCGAUCAAAGACUGUUUUGUUUAGUUUCGCUAUAAAUGUUUUAGCAAAAUAUCCUUAUGAUACAGAUCCUGUUGUAGCGCAAGGUUGGAGAUUUUUAGAACUGAACGUUCCUACUUUUCCUAGUUAUGUUAUAGGAAAUGGUAUAGAAUUCUGCAUGAGUUUCCGGUUUAUCUUGUAUGCGAUAAUACCUUUGAUAUUUUUAAAAAUAGCUCAAAACCAAAAUUGGAGGGGUACUUAUAAAGUACUUAUACCGCAUUGCGUCACUUUAAGUUGGUUACAAAUUUGUAUAAUAAACUCCCAAGGGGCUACAAUGUUUGGUUUAUUACGUGGUACUUUAGCUAUAGUGGGUGUCGUACUAUUUUUACCUUUAUUGGGUAUAACUAGUGUUAUUUUACCCAUAGCCGCUUUUACAAAAUGGUUAAUUACCUCCAACUUUGUAUUUUCUAUUUGUAUUUUCGUUAUAUUAAGUGUUCUAGGUUUAGGGGUAUGUUAUGUAUGUGCUCAAACGAGAUAUAAAAAAUAUACAGCAGCUAUACAAACGAUAUUAAUGGUAUUAACAUUUUUUCUUCUCGUAAACCCUUCCAAAGAUUCUAAUUAUUACGAGGAAGAAAAAUCUACUCAAAUAAUGAGUUGGGAGGUUUACCAGAGGUUCUGUCACCAACCGGUUUGGCAGGAAGAAAAUAUCGCUUUGUCUCAAUUGAAAUGUGUUGAUUUAGAAGGUGUUACUAUACAAUGGAGUGGUUAUAUUAGUGAAAUUAAACUAAAAUCCGUAUCUAAUUUUUAUAAAACCAUUUUUAGUAAACUACCCCUUGGUAUUUCGGAGUAUUUGUAUUGUCUAUAUGGUGAAACUACCGGACCUGAUUGUGUUAAUAUGCCUGAUGUAGCUAAAGAGACUUGUUUGACUUUUUACGAUAUAAUAAGCAACGUAAACAAAUGCACUUUACAAAAAUACGAUAAAUACACAUUCGAGAUAUUUUUAAAAAUGCAUUCCGGCAUUUGGGGUAAAGCGACCGAAGUUACAUUGAUAGUUAACGAUUAUUUCAAGAAUUUCGUUUUGAAAUUGAAACCUACCGAUCAUAUUUGGUUCAAAGGGAGGUUAUUUAAUGAUGGAAGUUUAAGUUCUGAUGGUAUUUUGGGGGGGUUGAAACCCCAUGUGCAAUUAGAGGAGUUGGGUUGCUCGUCUUGUCAAGACAACACCUUGGGUGAAAUAAAAAUGAUCAAUAGUAGGGUAACUAUUUAUGAUUUAUUAGAAUCCAUACGUGUUGGUGUCAAAUUUGUAUUUAAUAUUCUUUUCACGCCGUUUUUGAUUUUUAAAUAAAUAUGUGGAGUAUAGAAUUUGCAUUAUUUUCUUACCUUGUUCCUGGAAUUUCAAUCUACGAUUAAAAUAUUUUCAAUUAUUUAUAUGUAUGUUUGGAAAAUUGAAUUAUUAUAUAAUCAUGUUUAUAGUGUGUUAAAAAAACCAUUUCUAUUCUUCACUACAGUUUAUCCUUCAUUCAAUUUUCUUCUUCCAUAUUUCUUUUGAAAGUUGUGCUAUUUUCAUUUAUUUCGUCUAUUCCAUUUGUUAAAAGUACACUCCCAUUUUACCAAUUAUAACCCUAUUUAACUAAUUUUAGCGUGAUUUUACAGUUAAAAUAUUUAUAAUUAUUUAUAAAAUGUCCUAUAUAUGUUGCAAAAUGAAAUUAACACAAUCACAUUUACAGUGUGGUAAUAAAUGACCAUUUCUUCACUAAUAAUUUCUUUUCUUCACCAUAGUCUUUACUUUUCUUUUCUUCUUUGUAACAUUCUAAUUUCUUAUCUCCCUUUUACUUCGAUUUUCCCCUUAAUUAUUUUCAUUUGUCUCUUCUUUUCCACUUACUAAAUGUCAAUACCAUUUCACCAAUUUGUAUAUUGAAUGCCUUACGUUUUAUCGAUUCCAAACACUCAAUACUUCUUGUGUUUCAAUUUUCACUUUUAAAUGAAAUGUUUCUAGUCAUUCAACUUACCUUUAUUUCGGUAACUCCGUAUUUUCUCUCUUGCUGCUCUGUCGAAUGCUUUUUCCAAGUCAAUACAGAUUUUCAUCUUGAAAUAAUUACAAAAUUCAAAUGUUUAUUUAUAUUUUUUUUAAAUAAUGGUAAUUUAUAGUAUAAACGAUCUAAAGUUAAAACCUAACUUAACAAACGAGAAAUUAGUAGGGAGAUUCAAUAUAUACUUUUAUUUUAAUUUUGACUUGAUUGGAGAAAAAAUAGUAUAUAUCAUACGGACUAAAAGUGCCUAUUUUUACUCGCAAUUUUACAUUCACUCGGCUGCGCUGCGCUCCGCCUCGCAACUGCAAAUAUUGCUCGUAAAAAAUAUGCACUUUUAAUCCUUAUAAUAUAAUAUACUAAUUUUUUAUAAUCUCGAUAGUAAUAUACUUUCAUUUUACGAUAGUAUAAAACAAAAUUUUCGUGUACUCACUGUCAUAUCGAUAAGGUCAAGGCCGCUUGGUAAAGAAGAAUACGAUACUAGAGACAUCUUCAAAUGUCUUUUUUGUGAAAAUACAAAGCUUAGGUUAUUUGGCUUGUGCACGUGUGUAGUUUGAACAAAUUUUAUAAAUCGUUAUUAUUUAAUGGGAACGAAAUAAAAAUGACCAAAUUAUACAUUUUAUUUGAACACGCAGCUGGAUAUGGCGUGUUUAAAGUUCAAGAAUUCGAAGAAAUCGGGAUGUUACUCCCACAAAUUGAAGCAGCAGUUAACGACGUGAGUCGCUUUAAUAGUAUCGUUAAACUUGUCGGGUUUUGUCCAUUUAAAUCUGCUUUAACUGCGUUAGAAAAUGUUAACGCAAUUUCCGAAGGUAUUCUUCCAGAAGAAUUACAACAAUACUUGGAUAUUACGAUACCCAAAGGCAGUAAAAAAGACAAACCAACUUUGGGCGUGAGUGAUCCAAAACUUUCGGCUGCAAUAACUGAAGCUUUGGGAAUUAACUGUAGCCAUAUUGGUGUUGUUCCAGAAGUGAUUAGAGGUAUAAGGACGCAUUUUCAUAAUUUAGUUAAAGGUUUUACUUUAAAAAGCUCAGGAGUUGCACAAUUAGGCUUAGGUCAUUCUUAUUCACGUGCUAAGAUAAAGUUUAAUGUACAUAGAGUGGAUAAUAUGAUUAUUCAAUCAAUAGCUUUAUUGGAUCAACUAGAUAAAGAUAUCAACACUUUUUCUAUGAGGAUUCGAGAAUGGUACUCCUAUCAUUUCCCAGAAUUGAUAAAAAUAGUGCCAGAAAACUAUACAUUUGCUAAAGUUGCAAAAUUCAUCAAAAACAGGAAAGAUUUAUCUGAAGAAUCAUUGGAAGGUUUGGAGGAGCUCACAAUGGAUUCGGGAAAAGCUCAAGCCAUUUUAGAUGCAUCAAGAUCCAGUAUGGGAAUGGACAUAAGCGAUAUUGAUUUAUUGAAUAUAGAAAUGUUUGCUACUAGAGUAAUUUCUUUAGCAGAUUACAGGAAACAACUAGCUGAAUAUUUACGUAGCAAAAUGGCAGACGUAGCUCCAAAUUUAGCGACUUUAAUCGGUGAUCAAGUUGGUGCUAGAUUAAUCGCACAUGCAGGAUCUUUAACAAAUCUUGCUAAAUAUCCCGCGUCUACAGUUCAAAUUCUGGGUGCCGAAAAAGCUUUAUUCAGAGCUUUAAAAACUAGAGGCAAUACCCCUAAAUAUGGUUUGAUAUUCCACUCUACAUUCAUUGGUCGUGCAGGAACCAAAAAUAAAGGUCGUAUUUCAAGAUAUCUUGCAAAUAAAUGUUCUAUCGCUUCGAGAAUAGAUUGUUUUGCUGAACAACCUUCCCAGAUAUUUGGAGACAAACUUCGUCAACAAGUUGAAGAUCGUCUUAAGUUUUAUGAAACUGGUGAUGUUCCAAAGAAAAAUAUUGAAGUGAUGAAAGAAGCGUUAAAUGAAUAUGAACAUUUGGUACUACAAACUGAAAUUGAAAAGAAGAAAAAAAAGAAAAAGAGGAAAGGAGAAGUUUUAAAUGAAACUAUUGAAACAGAUAAAACUGAAAUUGAGGAAUCAGAACCACCUAAAAAGAAGAAGAAAAAGAGGAAGGGAGAAGUUUCAAUUGUCGAAACUGAUAAAACUGAAGUUGAAGAAUCCGAACUACCCAAGAAGAAGAAGAAAAAGAAGUCUGUAUCUUUAGAGGAUAGUCAAGACUCUGAAUUGAAUGGUACAGUGGAAAAUGGAGAAGGAAGUCCAAAAAAGAAAAAGAAGAAAAAUAAAGUGAACAGUGAAUAAAAUGAGUUACUAAGGUUAGGUUUUAAUAAUAGGAUUAAUAGUUUCUCUUUAACAAAUAUUAGAUCAUCAUGGAAAUAUUGAGAAGGACACAUUUUUAGACAGUUAUUUGGUCAAGUUUUUUAUCCAAAUUUAGUUUUAUUUAUCAAUAUAAUUUCCUUGGAAAGUAUUACAUUCAAUCUAACUCUUUUCCAAUCUUCUCAGGCCAUUUUUAUUUCUAAACCAUUUGUAUAGAGGGGACUCUUCAGGAUGCAUUCAAUGAAAUACUAAAAACUGUUAAGGGCCAUAUAUUAAUAAUCAUUUUCAUAGAGCAACUCUUGAGGCAACAUCUGUAAGGUCGUCCUCACAGUCCUAUGCGCCUCAGGAGUGAUUACUGUAGGGAUUAACUAAAUCCCAGAAGGUCUUUGCCAUAAAACAGUCUUAGAGGUUUACAAAAUAAAUGAAUUUUCACAAUAAAUCACCUGUACCUCUGUUUUCUUUGGAAUACUGUCAAAUUUAAAUAUGUUGAUGCCAAUUAUUGUUAGGUAGGAAUAUAUAAACCCUAUAAUUUGGUAUCGUCUUCUUCAAUCAUUUUUCUGUAAACAUUUUCGUUUCCAUUGUUUUUGAAACCUCAGAUUGUUUAGUUUGAAAAACAAACUACUCAAGAAAACAAACCCAAAUGAAACUGUUAUCUUUUGAUAGAUGUUAUCUCAAGGGUGGUAUCAGAUUGAUCAAUGGUGUAGGUAUUUGAAACUUAAUCCAUACAAUGUUUUAAAUACCAUUUAAGGUAUUGAGUGUUACUUUGUUUUUAAAGAAAUUGGGAUAUUGAAUAAACAAAAAAUUUCAAUUAAUUAGUUAAAAAGGUACUACUGCUAAAUUAGACAGUUUAUAAGUAAUAUGUUUUAAUUUAAUGUUUACGUAUAUUAUUAUCUAGUUUAUUUGUAAUAAGUUUUUUUAAUAAUACUAAAAAUAUGUUUUCAGUAUAUUUGAACUACCACUUAAAAUUAUGUUUUCCAUUGUCUAAUUUUUUAUACCCAAGUUUUUCAGUAUCAAAUCACAACAUAGGAAUUUGAAUAGAAGCUUGUAAUAUACCUAGUGAUAUGGAGAUUAAGUACCAUAAUGUACCAAUAGAAAAUAGUUCUAAUUAUAUCACUGGAGCUAAAGUGUCAAUUUUGGUGUUAAAUGGGCUCUGAAAAUGUCAAAGUAUGUCAAAAGUUAGAAAAUUGAAUGUAACUGAACACACAGUCAAUUAUCACUCAAAAUUACCUGCUGUUACCUUGUUUAAAUCAUUUUCAGAGUUAUUAAUUAAUUCCCCUUGUUUGUAGUAUGACAUUUUUAGAAAAUUUUAAAUAUUACACCUUAUAUAUAAUCACAUUUUUUAAUUCUGUGAGGAAAACUUUUGAUAUACCUAUAACAAAAUAAAAAUGACGUUAGCCAGCUACAUUAACGGUAAAUUAAAAAUCAGUUACUACUGAUUCAAGAUCUCAAAAUUUUCAUAACAAAUCCUUUUCGAUGUUUAAUUUCAAUAAAAAAAUAUCUUAAUUGA